AUGGAGAACAUGAGAGACGAAUUUCCACCAUUGAAGAAUGAUCUUUUACUAAGAGUAUUAAGAGGUGAAGAAGUAGAAAGGCCACCAUGUUGGUUAAUGAGACAAGCGGGAAGAUACUUACCUGAAUAUCACGAAGCUAAGGGCGGAAGAGACUUCUUCGAGACAUGUCGUGAUGCUGAGAUUGCUUCAGAGAUUACAAUCCAACCAAUUAAACAUUUUCAAGGGUUGAUUGAUGCUGCAAUCAUAUUUAGCGAUAUCCUUGUAAUUCCUCAAGCAAUGGGGAUGAAAGUUGAAAUGAUUGAAGGGAAGGGUCCAUCUUUUCCUCACCCCUUAAGAGAAGUUAGUGACGUAAUUGAAGUUCUCGAUUAUAAAGUGGAUGUAUUAAAGGAAUUAGAUUGGGCUUUCAAGUCCAUUAAUUUGACUAGAUGGAAACUGAAUGGUGAGGUGCCCUUAUUUGGAUUCUGUGGUGGACCAUGGACUUUAUUGGUUUACAUGACGGAAGGAGGUGGAUCUCGUAUCUUUAGAUAUGCUAAGCAAUGGAUCAAUGAACAUCCUGAUCUGUGUAAGAGGUUAUUACAGAGGAUUACCGAUGUGGCCGUAGAAUUUCUGUCUCAGCAGGUCGUUGCAGGUGCCCAAGUCUUACAAGUUUUUGAAAGCUGGGGUGGUGAAUUAUCAUCUUUGGAUUUUGAUGAAUUCUCUUUACCCUAUUUGAAACAAAUUGUCAGCAAAGUCCCCAGAAGACUACAAGAAUUGGGAAUCACGGAAAAAAUUCCAAUGAUUGUAUUUGCAAAGAAUUCUUGGUAUGCUCUUGAUAAAUUGUGUGAUUCUGGAUUUGAUGCAGUAUCUUUAGAUUGGACAUGGGAUCCAAAGGAGGCCGUGUCGAUUAACAAAGGGAGAGUUACAUUACAAGGUAACCUUGAUCCAGGUGUUAUUUAUGGUUCGAAGGAAGUUAUCACCAAGAAGACCGAAGAAAUGAUCAAAAGAUUUGGAGGUGGGAAGAAGAAUUAUAUCGUUAAUUUUGGUCAUGGAACUAGUCCCUUUAUGGAUCCAGAACAAAUUAGAUUCUUCUUGGAAGAAUGUCACAGAAUUGGUUCCAAGAAAUGA